UUCUUCCUCCAUCUUUGCAGAUGGGCAAGAUGGCGUCCUCGGAUGUGGUUACCGAGGUUGAGAUUCAGCCCGAGAUCCAGGAGGUGGAAAUCGAGGCUAUACCCGUGGAGAUGCCCGUCGAGACAGUCGUGACGACCGUCGAAGCGGUCGAAGGUCAGCCCAUGAUCGCGUUGCAACCGUUGCCAGAGCCCGGGAGGGAAGAGAUCAUCCUACAAACCCAGGAGGAGAUCGUCGGCAGCAUAGACGCCGAUCACGAAGCGCUCACAGGAUACGACAACAUCCCGGUGCCGACCCCCGAAGUGCUCAUCGAGACGAGUCCCAGCACGUCGGGUAAACGCGGCAGGAAAGGCAAGCGUGGCGGCAAAGGACGCAGCUUCGGCGGCGAACUGACGUUUGAGACGGACCGUAGUACGCGCAAGUGGGAACAGAAACAGGUGCAGAUCAAGACGCUCGAAGGAGAGUUCUCCGUCACCAUGUGGGCUUCGGGCACGGAGGACGGUAGGUGCACGCUUCACGCACUGUCUUGCUUGCCUCUUUUCGUCCUGCGCGCGGUAAACAAUCGCGUAUCGCCGCGAAUGCUGCUGUGAGCCGAUCGCGCAGAACAGCGAGUACGCUAGGUAUAAACGCCUGUCGCUCCUCGACUAGGCCGGCCGACGGCGGAUUUUGUCGUUGCUCGGCCUCGAGUGAACCGUGCUGUGUCCGGUGGACCGCUUGGCUCGAGUUCUGACACUUCGGCGGCUGUGUUUUGAAUGAAAAACCGGCCAUGAAGACUCCAUGGGCGCCGCCAUGUUCUCAGAAGCAACAAUAUGGCGUCUUUUCGAGUAUGGCGGAGGUCGGCCAUCUUUGGAUGGCACGGAGCGCUCGGCAGCCGUGCUUUUUCGGCCGAAAUGCUCGGUUUUUGGGCCGCGGGCGUUCGUUUCGCGACUCGAACUCGACGACGGUAACGGUCCGCCGACCCGACACACCGAAGUUGGCCGUACGCGUUCGCGGUGCGAGCCGCGCAGGCAUUUUUUAUCGUUCAAGGUCGCGAGGGAGCUCCCGUGGAAACAAGCUAGCUCGGCGUCGCGCGACGCGCAACGCCUGGCCGUCUGCGUGCGAUCGCCCGCCGUCGAUAAAAAUAAAAAAAGCGGAGCCGCGGUGGCCGUGUUUGCCUCGUGGCGAUCUCUUCGCCUGUGUUUGUCUUGCGAUUUGUGCGUCUACAUAUCCGCCGCGGGGCUAAGCAGUGUAGCCGUAAACGGAAUAAAGCAGCGGUCCGUUCGACGUGAGUGCAGUUAUAAAGCAAACGCCUACAAAAGAACGCGGUGCGCGCGUUUCGGACGCAGUAGGCGCAAACCUUUUUAGCGUGCCGACCCAACGCAAGAUUGCUCCGUCGUACCAAAAGUAUUGAAGGGCCCUGGUCGUACUUUAUCCGUAAGAUCGCUUUAAUAAAACGCUGCAGAAAGAAGAGAAAUGGCUCGCUUUCUUUUUUUUUUAACCGUGUUUUCGGGUACCGCGGUAUGAGCGGUUUCCGUGGCCGUUCAUUCUACGUGAAGUGGUCAAGCUAUGCGCGACUUCGGCCGCGCUUUCUGGAACAUGCUUGCUUGCGUUGGGAACUUGCGAGCGCGUUCACUGACCAAGAUUUUUUGGCGUUCGUCGCCGAAGCGUUGGCGCCGAGCUCGAGUGGAUUAUCGCGGCGGCGCCGCUUAUGAAAAUAGCGUGUAACUGCGUGGAGCUAGCGUCACCAGAUGUAAUUUUGGAAAAACGUCGCGGUUGCGAGCGCGUCUUCUCUGAAGUGACCUGCCAACUGUGCGUGAAAAAAAAAAAAAAAAAUGUGGCGUCAGUUUAGGUUCGUUAAGGUGUUGUAUUCGGGCAGGGAGCAAAGUGAACGUUGUUUUACCUUGACUUACGUGGAGACACCUAUGUGCGUACGAGAUUUCGUCACGUUUGUGUUUAUUAAAGUGUGAACAGGGGAAACCUAGUUAAUUGUGCUCUAGCACCUUCGCAAUGGUUUUAGGUUUUCAGUGCUGCUCGACUUCUGAUUUCCGGGGUGCGCCUUGAAGUGAUGCAGUACAAGUUUCUGU